AUGUUGCCAAACCACCACAACAACCGGACCGCCAUUGCCAGUCGACCGCUACCGCCAAUCGGACCAUCAACUCUUGCCAUAACCUUAGCAUUUAACGACAUUAACGUCGCCUGUGCCACCCAUUUCACCGCCAGAUAUCAGACCUUUGCAGAAUCGGAAUCGCAACUGAAUUUCGAUUAUUCUGGAAGGACAAAACAACUGAAUUGUGGUUUUCACUUUUAUAAGCUCCACAUCCGUGACAAACUUUAG